GUGGACGGCGGAACGGACCGGACGGGGUGCGGGCGCGCAUAAAGCCCGGCAAAAUUCCCCGACGCGAGGCCACAAAUCGCUCCCGGCCCCCUCCUUCCUCCUCUCCCCCGCCCGUACGGUCAAACAAGAGACCCCCCGCCCCCCUCUCUCCUCCACCUCCACCUUCAGCGCUCGCCGCGAGAAGCCGAGAGGAGCCUGAGAAGGUAGCAUCAUGGCGGACCAACUCACCGACGACCAGAUCGCCGAGUUCAAGGAAGCCUUCAGCCUAUUCGACAAGGACGGCGACGGUUGCAUCACAACCAAGGAGCUGGGAACAGUUAUGCGUUCGCUGGGGCAGAACCCAACCGAGGCAGAGCUCCAGGACAUGAUCAACGAGGUCGAUGCCGAUGGCAACGGCACCAUCGACUUCCCAGAGUUCCUCAACCUGAUGGCCCGCAAGAUGAAGGACACCGACUCGGAGGAAGAGCUCAAGGAGGCCUUCCGGGUGUUCGACAAGGACCAGAACGGCUUCAUCUCGGCUGCAGAGCUCCGCCACGUCAUGACCAACCUCGGGGAGAAGCUAACGGACGAUGAGGUCGACGAGAUGAUCCGCGAGGCCGACGUCGACGGGGACGGCCAGAUCAACUACGAGGAGUUCGUCAAGGUGAUGAUGGCCAAGUGAUCCAGCCGAUGUUCAUGUCCGGUGGUAUUAUUAUUUUUACCGGGGAGGAGGAAAUUGUGCAUUGCAUAUUAGUAGUAAGGAAUGCGGCUCUCGUUUCCUUGUCUUUGCCCCGAACCAGAAGAAGCGUACUAGUAGACGUAGUUGCUGAAGAGCACUCAUGGAAUCCUCCUCCCCUGCUGCUACCCUGUCUCUCUCCCGUGUGUCAUUGAAACAUCUUUCUUUCUGUGUGAAUCUGCAAGACUUGGCCCCUUCGUGAUGAACCCUGAUUGCAGUUGUAUCCGUUU